UUUUGAUUCCAUGGAUAAUAUUAAAUCUAAUGCAUAUAACAAUAGCUAAUUUGGAAAGCUGCACUACUACCUUUGAAAGAAUUUCAGAUGUUACACUCCCUACUGAACUAUUAGAUGAUUCAGAAGUUUAUGAGAGAUUGACUCCUAGUGAAUGUUACGAUCUAUGUUAUAAUAACGCGAAAUGUGGAGGAUAUUUAUUACAUCAUGUGAUAGGAAGAUGCGUUUUAGUAAGAGUUCAUCCUGAUGAUCUUCAACAGCAUUUAUUAGAAGAUGGCUUAUGGAGUUAUCACAGAAAGAUUUGUUUGAUGGGAAAAUUAUGUCACCGUCAAUGGUCUUUCGAUAGAUCUUCUGGUUAUCAACUUUAUGGAUACGAAGACAAAAUAAUAAGAAGCGUGGAAACUGAAGAUAGAUGCAUUCAACAUUGUAUUGGAGAAGAAAGUUUUAUAUGCAGAUCGGCAAGAUACGAUCUUCAUAACAAAACAUGCGUUUUAAGUAGACACGAUAGAAGAACCGCACCCGAAGCAUUCAGGAAAUCUCGUCAAAAAUCAUACUACUUAGAAAAUCAGUGUAUUUCUGAGCCUGCAAAAUGUUCAUUUACGCCAAAGAAAGACAAAGUUAUAGUACAUAGACACGUACACGUGGAAAGAAACAUUAAAACAUUAAAAGAGUGUGAAUUAAUUUGCUUGAACCAUUCGGAUUUCAUAUGUAGAACAUUUAGCCACGAUGACAAACGUCAUUUAUGUAUGAUGACUCCGGAAGACUCUUACUCCGUUCAGACGGAUUUUGGUAUCACUAGCGAAGGGAGAACAAUUUAUGAAAGGGGAUCAUGCAUCGAAGUGGAAAUGAAAUGCGAAGCUACAACAAUGACUGCCAUUAUUAAAGUCAUCACUCCAUUUAGAGGAAGAGUAUAUGCUUUGGGUCAUCCUUACGAAUGUUACGCUGUUACUGUAGGAUCUAACGGAGAAGUGUCGUUAUCAAUGCCUUUACAUGGCAGGAAAUGUGGUACAAAAAAUCUAGCGAAUGGAACUUUCACAAAUAGUGUUGUUGUCCAGCAUCACCCGUUUAUUCUACGCACAUCAGAUAGAAGAAUUAACAUUGCUUGCGAUUAUGAAGAAGUUCAAAGGAAAUUGAGAGGUGGAAAACAGGUAUUAGAAGGUGAUCUACAGAGUUUAACUCAAGUUGUGACGGGGUUAGCACCUACACCACCAGUUAGGUUACGCGUGUUAAAUUCAUCAGGAGAAGAAGUGAACGGAGUAGAUUUGGGUGAACCACUUUACUUGAAAGUAGAAAUGAUGGACGAAAGUGUUUUUGGAAUUUUUGGGAGCGAUUUGGUUGCGAGAAGUGGACAAGGGACAGAAACAGUAUUACUAGUUGAUGACAGAGGUUGUCCACUCGAACCAACGAGAUUGAAGAGAAGCGAGUGUAAACAUCGCCUUGACACUGACCCUCGAAAGAAAGUAAAAGCUUGGUACUCAGAUCAAGGACUCAAAGCAACAAUGUCGUCAGACAGGUCUGGACAGAGCAACAGUCACUCAGGGUUAGCAGCCGAAGUGGAAGAAGAUGGGGGAAAGAAAGGGGAAGAAUCGUCACGCAUGGACGAAACGUUCCGUGUUGGUACCCUUGUUGACGAAUCAGAGCUACGGAAAGAGAAAGUUAGUAAGACUACUUUGGAUCCUCAAGGGGGAACGGUUGCCUGGUCAUCAAUCCCAGAGAACGUUCGGAGAACUCAUUCGUCUUAG